CAUGAAAAAAUACAAUAAAAAUAUAAAAAAAAAAUAUAAACACCUUGCAACAUGGAAUUAAAGACAAUGCCACAGAACGGGGCCAAUAAUGGUAAUCCACAAGGCAAUACCAGCAACAACAACAACACUAACGACAGCAGCAACAGCAACAGCAACAACAACAACAAGACAGAUAACAAUGAGAAGGAGGCACAAAAAAAGAAAAUCGAGCGAACCAAUUGGUCCAAUGGCUUGGAAUUUUUAAUGUCGUGUAUAUCGGUAUCUGUCGGCUUGGGCAAUAUCUGGCGUUUCCCAUUUACGGCAUAUGAGAAUGGAGGCGGUGCUUUUCUGAUACCAUAUAUUAUAGUGCUCUUUAUGAUCGGAAAGCCCAUGUAUUAUCUGGAAAUGAUAAUGGGACAGUUUACGAGCCAAGGCACCGUCAAGAUCUGGUCGAUAUGCCCCUCAUUUUUAGGUGUCGGCUAUGGUCAAGCCUUUGGCACCAUCUGCAUUAUAAGCUAUUACUCAUCGCUGUUAGCCUUGACCCUCUACUAUUUGGCUGUCUCGUUCCAAGCGGAUUUGCCGUGGUCCACUUGCCGGGACACUUGGAUAAAUUGUGUUAACUCCCGACCAGCCGAAUAUAUAGAAACUAUGAUGACUAACGGUAGUUCGGCAUUAACUCGAGCUACUGAUACCCCAGCGAAGCUGCAAAGUAGCUCGGAACUUUAUUUUCUUGAUGUUGUUAUCAACGAGAAAACGGAUAUAUCGGAUGGCGUAGGCAACCCAGAUUGGAAGCUAACGAUUGCUCUAUUCGUUUCCUGGAUUGUCAUUUUCCUGGUGAUAAUGCGUGGUGUUAAAAGCUCCGGCAAGGCAGCCUAUUUCCUGGCACUAUUUCCCUAUGUGGUGCUCUUCACUUUGCUGGGUCGCGCUGUCACUUUGGAGGGCGCUGUCGAUGGCAUCAUUUUCUUUCUGGAGCCCCAAUGGGGUGAACUGCUUAAUCCCACCGUCUGGAAGGAGGCUGUUGUCCAAUGCUUCUUCUCGCUGGCCGUCGGCAGUGGACCGAUCAUUAUGUUUUCCUCCUAUAAUCGCUUCGAUCAUCCCAUUUACAGGGAUGCGAUGAUCGUGACCACUUUGGAUACACUAACUAGUCUGUUGGGUGGCAUUACGAUAUUUGCAAUACUUGGCAAUUUGGCGCACAAUCUAAAGGUGGAGAAUAUAAGGGAUGUGGUGCGAAGUGGUACUGGUUUGGCAUUCAUUUCCUAUCCGGACGCCAUCUCGAAGUUUAAUGCCGUGCCACAGCUUUUUUCCGCGCUCUUCUUCUUUAUGCUGUUCGUUUUGGGCAUUGGAUCGAUUGUGGCGCUGCAGAGCACGAUUGUGACCAUUAUCUGUGAUCAGUUCAAGUGGAAGUAUUGGAAGGUCGCACUGGUAACAUCCAUAUGUGGUUUUCUUAUGGGUCUGGUCUACGUAACACCCGGUGGUCAAUGGAUCUUAACGCUGGUGGACUUCUAUGGUGGCACCUAUGUUGUCUUUAUUUUGGCCAUCUUUGAGCUGGUUGGCAUUGCUUGGAUAUAUGGUGUAUCAAACUUUUGCGAUGACAUCGAAUUUAUGUCGAAUAAGAGAGUAUCUCUCUACUGGCGUGCGUGUUGGCUCAUCUUCACACCAAUUAUGAUGAUUGUAAUAUUCAUUUAUUCCAUGGUAACGAUUACGCCCAUCAAGUACAGCGAUAUAUACUUUCCCGUUGCGGGAGAUGUUGCUGGCUGGCUGCUCUUUGCUAUAGGCGCUUCACAAUUUCCACUUUGGGGCUGGUGGUAUGUUCACAACCAUAGGACUGGCAGCAUUGCCAAGAGUUUCGUGGAUUCGCUGAAGCCCAGCCAGAAGUGGGGACCAGCCGAUCCGGAAACUCGACGCAAUUGGCUUCUGUUCAAGAGCGACUUGGCGGCGAAAAGGGCUGUUCAAGCGAAAUCGGAUAAGAUGGGCUUCUUCCGGCAGAAGCUCUAUAAUAUGUGUGGCCGUAGCACAUAGGAUGAAACGGAAAUUAAUCAUAUCGUAUUAUGUACAUAUAUGUGUAUCUAUAUAUAUAUAUAUAUAUAUAUAUACAUAUAUGGUAUUAUAUGCCCUAGUUGUACAUCAGCUCCAGCUUCUAUGAUGCCAAAGGCUCUGCUAUAGAUUAACAAAAAUUAUUAUUAUUAUUAUUGUUAUUUUCUUGUAUUGAAAUUUUAACGUUCGGUCAUAAUGACAUAUUAAAAAGUUCAGUUCUGAAGUCGCGACGUCGAAUUAAAGACCAA